GCUGCGAGCUGACUGCCAGUACCAAAUCCUACACAUUUCAGGUGGAUGAGGAAGAUGACUCUGACCACAUUUUGGCCCUGUCUGCGGUCUGCCUCACAGACGGCGCCAAGGAUGAGUGCAACGUGGUGGAGGUCAUCGGGCGAAACCACAAGAGCCAGGAGAUUGCUGUGCCUGUGGCAAAUCUGAAGUUGUCAUGCCAGCCCCUGCUGAGUCUGGACAACUUCAAGCUUCAGCCUCCAGUGACCUUCCGCCUGGCAGCGGGCUCUGGCCCGGUACACCUCGCUGGCUGGCACAGGAUUGUGCACAGGGAAGAUGCUUCCUUUGAGGAGGACGAUGAUUUGUCUGAGGAGGAGGAUGAGGAGCUUCCUCCUAUCAAGCCAGCUAAGAAGUAG